CCGAGAUUGCGAUCGCUCACUCCGAACCCCUUCUCGCCAUCAUGAACCCGCGCGCCCUGCUGCGCGCGCCCUCCGUCGCGUCGUCGUCUGCGCGCGCGCUUCACACCUCGGCGCGCGCCAGCUCGCACGUCGGCUCGCGACCUAUCCCCAUCCCGCCCAAGGUCGAGAUCAUCUACCCGCCCGCCAGCGUCGACCCGGAGCUGCACAUGUCCUCCGAGGCCGGGCAGCGCUUCAUUGAGGUCAAGGGUCCGCUUGGGCAGCUGACGGUCCCCAUCCUCCCGCCCGUGAUCCUCAACCCGCCAGCUGCCGGCCAGCCGCUCGAAGUAAAGGUGCACGACGAGGAGGCCAAGGCACACCGCUCUGUGUGGGGUCUCACGCGCGGGCUACUCAAUAACGCUGUCAAGGGCGUCUCGGAGGGGUACACCGUUGAGCUGCGACUUGUCGGUGUCGGGUAUCGUGCCGCCGUCGAGCCGAUCCCCAAGGUGUUCCGUGACAUUCAGGCCAGCAUCCCCCGCGUCGCCAAGCCUGCCAACCCCGGCGCACCGCCCUAUGUCCUCCCCCCUCUGCCUACCGACCGCCUGAACAUCAAGCUCGGCUUUGCGCACCCUGUGCUUAUUGAUAUUCCCCACGACAUCAAGGUCACGACGCCCGCACCAACCAAGAUUGUGCUGGAGGGUAUCGACAACCAAAAGCUUGGGAGGUUUGCGGCCAAGAUCCGUCGGUGGCGCAAGCCCGAGCCGUACCGUGGCAAGGGCAUCUUCAUCGGAGACGAGACGAUCAAGCUCAAGGAGAUCAAGAAGAAGUAGACACCUCGCAUUGCAUGUAUACCUGCCCAUUCCCCGUUAGUGUCGUCGCGCAGAGCACUCCCGUCCCUCCGUCGAAACAAACAACGUCCUCAAUCUAUAGCGUAACAACAUUAACCACGAAUCUUGGACCACAGCACGAGGAUGAUCAGAAGCACGAGCACAGCAAUGAUCGCGCCGGUGACUACCUUCUGCUGGUACAUCCUGGCAUCAGUUUACUUUCGAUUUCGCUGUAAGAUGCCGCAGGACGCGGGAGAUGCAUCAC